AUGGGAAGAGCCCCAUGUUGUUCAAAAAUUGGUAUGAAUAGGGGUCCGUGGACUCCCAAAGAAGACACAUUGCUGAUGAACUAUAUUAAGGCUCAUGGUGAGGGCCAUUGGAGAUCUUUGCCUAAAAAUGCAGGGUUACUUAGAUGCGGUAAGAGCUGCAGGCUAAGAUGGCUGAACUAUCUUCGACCUGAUAUAAAGCGAGGAAACAUUGCUUCUGAUGAAGAAGACCUAAUUAUCAGGCUUCACUCACUUCUUGGCAACCGUUGGUCUCUUAUUGCUGCAAGGUUGCCUGGCCGAACUGACAAUGAGAUAAAAAAUUAUUGGAAUUCUCAUCUAAGCAAAAAGGUCAAGAACUCAGCAAAGAAUGUCCAAAACGACUACAAAGGAGCAUCAAAUUGUGUUCAAGUUCCAAACAGGCGAAAGAAGAAGAAUGAUAAUCAAGAUAGUUCUAAUGGAGAAAUGAUAAUAAAGACAAAAGUUCAUCAACCAAAGGCUGUGAGGGUUUCACCUUUUGCAAUUACAAGGAAUAAUAGUAUUGAAAGCAUGGUAAGUGGUUCAUCUAGUAAUGGAGAUGGAAACAAUAAUAAUAAUAAUGGAGUCGAUCAUGCAGAGGCUCUGAAUUGUCCUUGGUUUUGGUCUGAUCACAAAGAUGCUGAUAUUAAUGGUGGAAAGGCUCUGGUUUGUGAAAAUAACCAUAGUGAUUUUGUGAAUGAUUAUGAUGAUGCAUGUUACUUUUCAUGCCAAAACUACUCUGAGACCACAGAAAAUAUGCUUGACAAGAUUUAUGAGGAAUAUCAGCAGCUUCUACAGGAUGAAAAUGAACUCCCUUUGGACUCAUUUGUAAAAUCCUUGUUGAUUUGA